AGAGAAACUCUACAAGUGCCUGCAGUGUGGAAAAAGUUUUGAUCAACAUGGAAACUUUAAAAUCCACAUGAAAAUUCAUACAGGAGAAAGCCUUUUUACCUGUCAGCAGUGUGGAGUAAGUUUCAGAAAGAAAUGGAUUCUCAAAAGGCACAUGAGAAUUCACACUGGAGAGAAGCUUUACACAUGCCAUCAGUGUGGAAAGAGUUUCGAUCAAAAUGAAAACUUUAAAAUCCACAUGAGAAUUCACAUAGGAGAAAACCCUCUCGCCUGCCAACAGUGUGGAGUAAGUUUCAGAAAGAAAUGGAUUCUCAUCAGACAUAUGAGAAUUCACACUGGAGAGAAGCCUUACACAUGCCUUCAGUGUGGAAAGAGUUUUAAUCAACAUGGAAAUCUUAAACUCCACAUGAGUAUUCAUACAGGAGAAAGGCCUUUUACCUGUCAACAGUGUGGAAAAAGUUUCAAACGAAAAGGAAACCUUAAGUACCACAUGAGAAUUCACACUGGAGAAAACCCUUUUACCAGCCAACAGUGUGGAGUAAGUUUCACUCAAAAAGGGAUUCUCAAUCGGGACAUGAAAAUUCACACUGGGGAGAAGCCUUACUCAUGCCCUCAGUGUGGAAAGGGUUUUCAUCAACAUAGAAACCUUAAACUCCACAUGAAAGUUCAUACAGGAGAAAGGCCUUUUACCUGCCAACAGUGUGGAAAAUGUUUCAAACGAAAAGGAAACCUUAAUUAUCACAUGACCGUGCACACUGGAGAAAGCCAUUUCACCUGCCAGCACUGUGGAUUAAGUUUCACUCAGAUAGGAAGCCUUAACAGGCACAUGAGAAAUCACACUGGAGAGAAACCUUACUCAUGCUCUCAGUGUGGAAAGUGUUUCGAUCAGCAUGGAAAUCUUAAAGUCCACAUGAGAAGUCACACUGGAGAGAAACUCUACAAGUGCCUGCAGUGUGGAAAAAGUUUUGAUCAACAUGGAAACUUUAAAAUCCACAUGAAAAUUCAUACAGGAGAAAGCCUUUUUACCUGUCAGCAGUGUGGAGUAAGUUUCAGAAAGAAAUGGAUUCUCAAAAGGCACAUGAGAAUUCACACUGGAGAGAAGCUUUACACAUGCCAUCAGUGUGGAAAGAACAUGAGAAUUCACAUAGGAGAAAACCCUCUCGCCUGCCAACAGUGUGGAGUAAGUUUCAGAAAGAAAUGGAUUCUCAUCAGACAUAUGAGAAUUCACACUGGAGAGAAGCCUUACACAUGCCUUCAGUGUGGAAAGAGUUUUAAUCAACAUGGAAAUCUUAAACUCCACAUGAGUAUUCAUACAGGAGAAAGGCCUUUUACCUGUCAACAGUGUGGAAAAAGUUUCAAACGAAAAGGAAACCUUAAGUACCACAUGAGAAUUCACACUGGAGAAAACCCUUUUACCAGCCAACAGUGUGGAGUAAGUUUCACUCAAAAAGGGAUUCUCAAUCGGGACAUGAAAAUUCACACUGGGGAGAAGCCUUACUCAUGCCCUCAGUGUGGAAAGGGUUUUCAUCAACAUAGAAACCUUAAACUCCACAUGAAAGUUCAUACAGGAGAAAGGCCUUUUACCUGCCAACAGUGUGGAAAAUGUUUCAAACGAAAAGGAAACCUUAAUUAUCACAUGACCGUGCACACUGGAGAAAGCCAUUUCACCUGCCAGCACUGUGGAUUAAGUUUCACUCAGAUAGGAAGCCUUAACAGGCACAUGAGAAAUCACACUGGAGAGAAACCUUACUCAUGCUCUCAGUGUGGAAAGUGUUUCGAUCAGCAUGGAAAUCUUAAAGUCCACAUGAGAAGUCACACUGGAGAGAAACUCUACAAGUGCCUGCAGUGUGGAAAAAGUUUUGAUCAACAUGGAAACUUUAAAAUCCACAUGAAAAUUCAUACAGGAGAAAGCCUUUUUACCUGUCAGCAGUGUGGAGUAAGUUUCAGAAAGAAAUGGAUUCUCAAAAGGCACAUGAGAAUUCACACUGGAGAGAAGCUUUACACAUGCCAUCAGUGUGGAAAGAGUUUCGAUCAAAAUGAAAACUUUAAAAUCCACAUGAGAAUUCACAUAGGAGAAAACCCUCUCGCCUGCCAACAGUGUGGAGUAAGUUUCAGAAAGAAAUGGAUUCUCAUCAGACAUAUGAGAAUUCACACUGGAGAGAAGCCUUACACAUGCCUUCAGUGUGGAAAGAGUUUUAAUCAACAUGGAAAUCUUAAACUCCACAUGAGUAUUCAUACAGGAGAAAGGCCUUUUACCUGUCAACAGUGUGGAAAAAGUUUCAAACGAAAAGGAAACCUUAAGUACCACAUGAGAAUUCACACUGGAGAAAACCCUUUUACCAGCCAACAGUGUGGAGUAAGUUUCACUCAAAAAGGGAUUCUCAAUCGGGACAUGAAAAUUCACACUGGGGAGAAGCCUUACUCAUGCCCUCAGUGUGGAAAGGGUUUUCAUCAACAUAGAAACCUUAAACUCCACAUGAAAGUUCAUACAGGAGAAAGGCCUUUUACCUGCCAACAGUGUGGAAAAUGUUUCAAACGAAAAGGAAACCUUAAUUAUCACAUGACCGUGCACACUGGAGAAAGCCAUUUCACCUGCCAGCACUGUGGAUUAAGUUUCACUCAGAUAGGAAGCCUUAACAGGCACAUGAGAAAUCACACUGGAGAGAAACCUUACUCAUGCUCUCAGUGUGGAAAGUGUUUCGAUCAGCAUGGAAAUCUUAAAGUCCACAUUAGAAUUCACACUGGAGAGAAACCUUACUCAUGCUCUCAGUGUGGAAAAAGUUUUGAUCAACAUGGAAACUUUAAAAUCCACAUGAAAAUUCAUACAGGAGAAAACCCUUUUACCUGUCAACAGUGUGGAAAAAGUUUCAACCGAAAAGGAAACCUUAAGUACCACAUGAGAAUUCACACUAGGGAAAAGACUUACACAUGCCAUCAGUGUGGAAAGAGUUUCGAUCAAAAUGAAAAGCUUAAAGUACACAUGAGAAUUCACACUGGAGAAAGACCUUUCCCCUGCAAACAGUGUGGAAAACGUUUCAAACGAAAAGGAAACCUUAAUUACCACAUGAGCGUACACACUGGAGUAAACUCAUCUACCACCAGUGUGGAGUAAGUUUCAGAAAGAAAUGGAUUCUCAAUAGGCACAUAAGAAUUCACACUGGAGAGAAGCCUUUCACUUGCCCCCAGUGUGGGAUGAGUUUCAACCUUAAAGGAAACGUUAGCAUUCACAUGAGACUUCACACUAAAGAAAGUAUUCCACGUGUCUUUAGUGUGAAGAGUUUUAUCAAAGAGCCCUGAAAUGUGGAGUGCUGCUCAGUGUGGCAAAAGGUUUACGAAAAAUUAGCAAUUUCAGUUAUCAGUUGUGCAUUCAUUCUAGAGGAAAACUAUGCAAGAUGUGCAAAUGUGAGACCCUAUUUGUGUUAUUUGUGAUGUCAUUACUCAUGAAAAUACACAUUGUUAGUUAUAUUUAAAAAUGUGUUUUCAGUAGUUGUUACACCCCAAGUUUGGGACCAGUUUAAGACUUGCAAAAAUAAAAAAUGUUGCAAUGGCCAGGGGGAAGAGAUAAACAAGAAUGAAUAUGAACUUAUUUUUAUAUCCCAGGGCAUAAUAUUAUUUGUUGUUGUUUUAUACUUUGCCAUUCUAUGGAUAUACAGUUGCAAACAGAAAUAUUCAACCCCUCACCUCAAAAGACAUUAUGGUGAUAUCGAUGAACAAUCAUGAUGAUAAAUGACAAAAAACCUCAUUAAACAAUACAAAAUAUUUAUUGAUGCAUAUUUGAGUUAAUUUGACAACAGAAGUUGACUUAACUUUGAAAUUCAAAUGAAAAAUUUAACAUUUUUAACAAGUGCAUGUGCAGUAUUAUUCAACCCCCAGCUUCAGUACUUUGUGGAGCAUCCUUUAGCUUUUAUAACUUCUAACAAAUGUUUUUGGUAAGUGCUGACAAGCUUCUUACACCUCUCUAUCAGAAUCUUUGCCCAUUCUUUGCCCAGAUUUUCAGAUUUAAAUCUGGUCACUGAGAAGGCCACUCCAGGACGUUCCAGGAUCUUUUUCUCAACCAAGCUUUGGUUGACUUGGAGGUGUGCUUGGGAUCACUGUCUUGCUAGAAAGUCCAAUGAUCACCAAGGUUUAAUUUGUCAAUAAAAGGCAUCAUGUUCCUCUUUAAAAUGGCCUGGUAUUUCUGGGAAUCCAUGAUGCCAGGUACACGAUCAAGAUUGCCAGUUCCUGCUGCAAGAACAGCCCCACAUCAUCAAUGAGCCACCUCCAUGCUUGACCGUGGGGAUGGUAUUUUUCUGGUCAUAAGCCUGGCCAAACAUGCCAGAAAUACCGUUGGUCCAAAUGUCCAAACCGUUCCAGUUUGGUUUCAUCAGUCGAUAGAACUGUCUCCCAAAACUCUGAAGUCUUAUCCAAAUUCCUCCUGGCAUAUUCUAGUCAACUUUUGAUGUUCCUUGUGGUCAAGAGUGGAGUGCGUCUUGAGUCCAGCCAUGAAGUCCUUGUUUGUUCAGUGCAUGUCUUAUAGUUGCUCUUGAAGGACUUGUACCAGCCUUCAUUAGGUCAUCCUGUAGGUGUCUUGCAGUCACACAGAGGUUUUUCUUAGUUGUCCUGACUAAGUUGGUACAGGCCCUUGAUGAAAUUCUGGGCUUUCUUCCAUGGCCAGGCAUGUUUGCAGCUGUUCCAUAAGUUUUAAACGUCCUUAUAAUGCUCCCAAUUGUGUCUUGGAAUGUAAUUUAGUUUUUUUAUACCUAUGGCCCUACAGGUGUGAUGAAAUAAUCUCUUCUCUCAGCUUUUGUGGAAGCUCCUUUGUCUUUCCCAUGAUUGCAACUCACCUUGGAUACCUUCAUGGGUGGGGUUUAUAUAUGCAGCACAGCUGAAGCAAGUCAAGGAUGAUUAUAGAGCUCCCAAAGGCUUAAUUAUGUUGCAACUCCACUUUAUGCCAUAAAAAAUUGUCAGAAAGCUUUA